AUGUCAAAGUUAUCGACCUUUAUUAUAUUUCUACUUGGUAUCAUUGGUACCGGCUCUGCCUAUCCUCAAAACAAGGAAAGGGGCCUCUUGGAGUGUUUGGCAUGGUGCACGACACACGGACUAAGUCCAACGGACUGUGCCAUCCCCGCAAUUUUCCACAAGGGCCCCUGCUAUGAAUGCGGCCCUUGCAAGAAAAUUGCCUCUGAGGAGCUUUGUGAUAAGCGCUGUGUGGAUACCUCUAGUGACCCAAGCAACUGUGGCGCGUGUGGUAAUCAAUGCUCUAGUCUUACUACAUGCUGCCAAGGGGCAUGUGUCAGCAACUCCGGCAUGGAGUGGGCCUACUAUGUUAACCCUGACCAACAAGAGAAUUUGCCUGGCACGAGUUAUUCAAGCUUCGACCCUUCCCUUUUGAAAACCCUGACCCCAACCUAUACAAGCACUACAACCUACAUGGCUCUAUCCGGGGACGGGGGAUCACCGCUUCAUAUUUACGGUUCUCCUGGGACAUUUACGCCUGACUACUUUGCCCUUAACCACCGCGGUUACAUCCACGCUUUGCAAGGCGGUCAAUAUACCUUCACCUCACUCCUUGCCGAUGAAAUUGUACUCUACUGGAUAGGUCCAAAAGCAUAUUCUGGGUGGACUAGAGCGGAUGCGGAUCUAGAGGAUGCAUGGUACAGCCCAACGUCAGGACAACUCAUAUCAUUCACAAAGGAACUGCAAGCGGGACAGUAUUAUGCGCUCCGCAUUGUAUAUGCUAAUGCCCAGACUGGUUCCAAUGAAGCUAUAAGUGUGACAGCGCCAGAUGGGACGGUGAUUUUGGGCCCGAACAGUGUUCCCAAUCCAUACAUUGUUCAAUAUUCGUGCAAUGGGGCAGAAGCCCCUGCUUACCCACCCUUUGGGCAGGAGACAUGA